ACUAUGCAAAAAUUUUAUUCUGUUUUUUAGUUUCAUAAAAAAAUCUCCAUUCUCGUCAGCAUGCAAGCCCUCGGAGUGAUACAAUCCCCCGGAAUCCGUAUCUCUCUUUCUCCGUCCAGCCACCGCCUCUCGCAACCGUCACUUGUCACCGGAAUUUCAAAAAGAAACUCCUCCUCCAUUUCCUUAUCCAUCAAAUGCGGUUCUAUCUUGUCAUGUCCCUCUCUAUCAAGUGAAGCGAUGAAGUUCGCGGAAGGUUCUAAGAAGGAGAAUCUUGUUCCGCUUCGUCACACCAUUUUCUCCGACCAUCUCACUCCUGUUCUUGCUUACCGUUGUCUUGUCAAAGAAGAUGAUCAAGAGGCUCCAAGUUUCCUUUUCGAAUCUGUUGAGCCAGGACAUCACUCUUCCACUGUUGGAAGAUAUAGUGUCGUUGGAGCGCAUCCGAAAAUGGAAAUUGUGGCAAAGGAGAAUAAAGUUACAGUCAUGGAUCAUGUGAAAGGCACUAAGACUACAGAGGAAGUUGAAGAUCCAAUGAUGAUUCCUAGAAGAAUCUCAGAGACUUGGAAACCACAAUUGAUCGAUGAUCUUCCUGAUGUUUUUUGUGGUGGAUGGGUUGGUUACUUUUCUUAUGAUACUGUUCCCUAUGCCGAAAAGCGAAAGCUACCUCUCUCAAAGGCUCCGGUUGAUGACCGAAAUUUACCAGAUAUGCAUCUUGGUCUUUAUGAUGAUGUGGUUGUGUUUGAUCAUGUCGAAAAGAAAAUACAUAUAAUUCAUUGGGUGAGGUUAUCAGAAAACUCAUCAUUUGAUGAUGUUUAUGCUAAUGCUGUGAAACACUUGGAAGAACUUGUUUCGAGGAUCAAAUGCAUGAAUCCCCCCAAGCUACCUUAUGGAUCAGUGGACUUGCACACAAAUCAAUUUGGCACUCCUUUGGAAAAAUCAAGCAUGACAAGUGAUGCAUAUAAGAAUGCUGUACUUCAAGCCAAAGAACACAUACUGGCUGGAGAUAUCUUUCAGAUUGUUUUAAGUCAAAGAUUUGAGCGCCACACUUUUGCCCAUCCGUUUGAAGUUUAUCGAGCUUUGAGAAUUGUGAACCCAAGUCCUUCUAUGUGUUACUUGCAAGCAAGAGGUUGUAUUCUAGUAGCGUCAAGUCCUGAGAUUCUCACUAGAGUGAAGAAAAACAAGAUCGUGAAUAGACCACUAGCAGGAACUGCAAGACGAGGAAAGAGUUUCGAGGAGGAUCAAAUGUUGGAGGAGGCACUUUUAAAAGAUGAAAAACAGUGUGCAGAACACAUCAUGCUCGUUGACUUGGGUCGCAAUGAUGUUGGAAAGGUGUCCAAGAACGGCUCAGUGAAAGUAGAAAGGCUCAUGAAUAUAGAGCGUUAUUCUCAUGUCAUGCAUAUUAGCUCAACGGUGAUUGGAGAGUUGCAAGAGAAUCUGACUUGCUGGGACACGCUUCGUGCUGCUUUACCCGUUGGAACCGUUAGCGGAGCUCCAAAGGCACAUUAAAUAACUGGCUAGUUAUUACAUAAGUUAUCAUUACCUCUUGAGUGUCUGAUCGUUAAGAGUAUCUCUCUUGUGACAGGUGAAGGCUAUGGAGUUGAUCGAUGAGCUAGAGGUGACUAGAAGAGGUCCAUAUAGUGGUGGAUUCGGUAGUGUCUCAUUCACUGGAGACAUGGACAUAGCUUUGGCUCUUAGGACCAUUGUGUUCCCAACACAAGCUCGUUACGACACAAUGUACUCAUACAAAGACAAAGACACGCCACGCCGUGAGUGGAUAGCCUAUCUACAAGCAGGUGCAGGCAUUGUAGCUGAUAGUGACCCAGAGGAUGAGCACCGUGAGUGUCAGAACAAAGCUGCUGGGCUAGCACGUGCCAUUGACUUGGCUGAGUCUGCAUUCGUUGAUAAAAGUGAUACAACAAUCUAGGUUUCUUGCCACACAAGCUACGUCCUCUAAAAUAAAUUAGUUGAUAUAUCAUUUUUAUUAUUUUUAUGUUGAAUCAUGAAUUACGGGGAUAUAUUAAGUUAUAUUCGCCAGUAUAAAUUAAGAAAUAUAUUUCUAAUU